ACUGUGAAGAAGGAAGAACUUUGCCUGAGCAGAAGGAACAUAUUCUCAGGAGACGGGGCCCCUGACAGCCACACCAAGUAUUAGACCACCAGGAAGACCCCCAUUUGCAAGCCAGCCCAGCCUUCCAGAGAGAAAGAGGCCCCUGCAGCUCCUUCAUCAUGAACUGGCACAUGAUCAUCUCUGGGCUGAUUGUGGUGGUGAUUAAAGUUGUUGGAACAACCUUCUUUCUGCUUUAUUUCCCACAGAUUUUUAACAAAAGUGACGAUGGUUUCACCACCACCACCGGGAGCUAUGGAACAGGCUGCCCGAAAGAGUGGGAAUUUCAUCAAGGAAGAUGUUUUUUCUUAUCCACUUCUGAAUCACCUUGGAAUGAAAGCAGAGAGUUUUGCGAAAGAAAAGGAUCCACACUGGCAAUUGUCAACACGCUAGAGAAACUGAGGUUUCUUCAGGACCUAACUGAGGCUGAGAAGUAUUUUAUUGGCUUAAUGUACCAUCGUGAAGAGAAAAAGUGGCGUUGGAUCAACAACUCUGUGUUCAAUGGCAAUGUUACCAAUCAGAAUCAGAAUUUCAACUGUGUGACCAUUGGGCUCACCAAGACACUUGAUGCUGCAUCAUGUGACAUCAGCUACCGCAGGAUCUGUGAGAAGAAUGCCAAAUGAUCACAGUUCCCUGUGACAAGAAUCAUACUUGCAACUCUUUCUGAAUCCAUGCAGGUCAUCUGGCCAAUGAUUCUUUUACCUAUCUGUCUACCAAUAGUGGUCCUUGACUGUUUGGGAAACCAAGCUUCUUUCUUCUGCACCAGGGGACUGGAUGCUAGCCAUCUCCAGGAGACAGGAUCAGUUUUAUGGAGGCAACUCAGUUGGUAUAAAGAUGAGAUCUGCUUCUGUAGCACUGAGCAUUUCUGACUGAUCAAAAGGGCCUAGUCUAUUGGCAGAGUUUGUUUUAUUCUGGUCUCAGAGUACAUACCACACUACCAGGGAGCAACUGUAGACUGGGGAAUUGUAAACAUUAUUUAGUGAGUAGCAUGGUGGAAGAGGGAUAAACGUAGCUCCUGCUACCUCAUCUCUGUUCUCAAGGGAAUCCCAUUCACAUGCCCCUUUCAACUCCACAAGCUGGAGUAGUAGCUCUCCUCAGUCUGAACUAAGACUAUGCCUUGGGGAGGGCUCCUAGUGCUGAGCUUGGAGCAUGGACAGCAGCACUGUUUAUGGGAAUGGAGAGAGGUCUGGGCAGGAUAGGAACCUUCUUGGGGACCCCUUUGAAGAAAUCCAGACAGCCAAGGAAACCAAACACACUAGAUUUCUGUUCUUCAGCAAAGCCCUAAAGAGACACUCAAGCUAAAAAUUUCCUUGUUGUAUUUCUGAAAUCCCAUCAUAACAUAUGUAAUUCCUUUGCAGCCAAAAUUUAGGUAAGCAG